CUAUCGACUUCGCUAUCGGUACAGCAUUAACCUUGUAGAAUAUGUUUUAUUUUUAGAAGGUCAAUUCUUUUUCAUAUUUCCAGCCUCGAACUUUAUAAAGAAUGAUGCAAGUAGGAUUACUCGGUCGUCGAUGCUACUGUUCAUCGGCGGUUGCGGCUAAAAAGUGGAUUUACGCAAAAGCAUUCAAAGGAGAACCAACACAGCAGAAUUUUCAAUUGCAGACUGAAAACCUGCCGGCACUGAAAGAUGGAGAUUUCCUCGCAAAGGCCGACUACAUCAGCGUCGAUCCGUAUAUGCGACCAUACAUGAUGGCCUAUCCGGAAGGAACGCUCAUGAUCGGUGGCCAGGUUGGAAAAGUGAUCGAUAGUAAGAAUGCUGCGUUCCCAGUGGGAGCAUCGAUAUUUGGUCAGUUCGGCUGGCGCACGCAUACCGUGUGCAAUCCAGCAGUGAUGAAAAGCGAUCUACCGUAUGUACUUCCGGGCUUUGGAAACCUGCCAACAAGUUUGGGGCUAGGAGCUCUCGGAAUGCCGGGUAAUACGGCAUAUUUCGGAUUACUGGAACUGUGCUCGCCUAAGGAAGGAGAAACCGUAGUUGUAAGUGGUGCAGCUGGGGCUGUAGGCAAUCAUGUGGGUCAAAUAGCUAAGAUUAAGCGUUGUCGUGUCAUUGGAAUCGCUGGAUCAGAUGCCAAAUGUCAAUGGUUGAUGGAAUUGGGAUUUGACGGUGCUAUCAAUUAUAAAACUGCCAACGUAUACAGCGAGCUGAAAAAAGCUGCUCCAAAGGGAAUAGAUGUAUAUUUUGACAACGUUGGGGGGCAAAUAUCGGAAUCGGUUAUCAAGCUUAUGAAUUUGUAUGGCCGGAUUGCUGUUUGCGGAACAAUUUCGAAUUACAACACUUCCGUUGAGAAGGUCACAGACCCAUUAAGAAUGAUGGUCUUCAAGCAGCUAAAGAUGGAAGGCUUUGUGGUAUGGCGUUGGAACGACAGAUGGGUGGAAGGUAUCGAGGCCAACCUAAAAUGGAUCAACGAGGGUAAAUUGAAAUGGCACGAAACCGUUACGGAGGGUUUUGAGAAUGUUCCAAUGGCAUUUAUGGAUAUGCUCAAGGGUGGCAAUACAGGUAAAGCGGUGGUGAAGAUUGGCGAGUAGUGAUUGAAUACGGUGUUCAUUUAAAAUGUAAGUGAGAACUGAAUUGAAAAUAAAAGACAUAAACUGUUGUAUUUU